GCGCUCCGGGAAUAUCGCUCUAACGUGCGGUGCCGCUGUCCCUCAGGACCCGCUCGGCAGCGAAACCCUUCCGACUUUCCAUCAGGCUUUCGCGCACGGCGCUCCCAUAGCGUUAGGCUGGAGGGCGUGGACGUUCCGGCGCGGGAGGACCCCGCCGCGGCCCCGGAAGCGCCUCGUCCGCGGCGGCGGGGGCGCGGCGGUCGCCGUGAUGGCCGUGGGGCUGGGCGGCUGACCGCCGGGCCGGGAGCAAACUCAGAGCCCAGAACCUCGGCGGCCGCGGCCGUAGCUCGGCCUUCGUGAUGGCUACCUCCGCCGCCUCCUCGGAGCAUUUCGAAAAGUUGCACGAGAUCUUCCGGGGCCUCCAUGAAGACCUCUUAGGGGUGCCCGGGCGGCUGCUGGGGACGGCAGGGACCGAAGAGAAGAAGAAGUUGAUCAGAGAUUUUGAUGAAAAGCAGCAAGAAGCAAAUGAAACCCUGGCAGAGAUGGAAGAGGAAUUACGUUACGCACCCUUGUCUUUCCGCAACCCGAUGAUGUCUAAGCUUCGAAAUUACCGGAAAGACCUUGCCAAACUCCACCGGGAAGUGAAAAGCACACCUUUGACAGCCACGCCUGGGGGCCGAGGAGACAUGAAGUACGGAACAUAUGCCAUGGAGAAUGAGCACAUGAAUCGGCUUCAGUCUCAAAGGGCAUUGCUUCUGCAAGGCACUGAAAGUCUGAACCGAGCCACCCAAAGUAUUGAGCGUUCUCAUCGGAUUGCCACAGAGACUGACCAGAUUGGCUCAGAAAUCAUAGAAGAGCUGGGGGAGCAACGAGAGCAGUUGGAACGUACCAAAGGCAGACUGGUAAACACAAGUGAAAACCUGAGCAAAAGUCGAAAGAUUCUCCGUUCAAUGUCCAGAAAAGUGAUAACCAACAAGCUGCUACUUUCCAUUGUCAUCCUGCUGGAGCUGGUGAUCCUGGGAAUCCUGAUCUAUUACAAAUUCUUUCACAAGCAUUGAACUUUCUGAGUGGAGGAGUGUGGACCAGAACUUUGACCCUGUGAAUGAAGCAUGUUACUGCUGUGAACAUGCUGUGUAGCCGGAGUGUGGGAGGAGGGGGGGAAGAACAGCGACAAGACGAGUGAUAUACCAAGGUAAUAAAUGCUGUUUAUGACCCCUUUAAAUGUACAUAGUACCAUAACAUGUUCAUACCUGUGGACUGGGAAAAAUACAUUUGCAGUAGGAUUAUUGGUCACCAAAAUGCAGAGGGGCACCUGUACCGUUGUGAGAAUGCGCAGAUGUGCCCAUUAAGGCAGUGCUGACCCAGACAACCCCGUCAGUCUGUCCCCUCAAGUGCCUGCGGUUCUGGAAUGCCCGUUGUGAAAGACCGUCAGUGCAGUGUCUCCUAAAUUCUCACGCGCUCUGCAUUUUCCGAUUCGUGUGGUGAGCUGGGUGGAGGAAGUUGCUCAUAGACGGUGUGUCCUCCUUCCCUUGUCUGACCAAAACUUGAAGCAAUCACAUCCACCGCCAGGCUAGCUGUGGCCUUCGCCUCUUCGUCUGAAGCAGCUAACCGAGGAUUGACUUCAACCAGGUCCAGUGCUGACAGCAACCCUGGGAGAGCAGAGUGCGACAGAACCUCAGAAAGUCCCCUAGCUGCCACUCAUGAGGGUCAUCGCGCCUGGGCAGGAAGAAAAGCCCGGGAAGACGAGAAGCAUUUUCUACUAUAAGGUCACCUCUUGGGCCUCAUCCUCUUGGCCAUGACUUUAAAAUAAGGAAAUAAAUCAUUCUUUUUCUGCUAA